AUGGCAUCCUAUAACAGCUAUGAACGAGCCGAGUUCUUCGAUCCCGUAUAUCAGACUCCGAUUUCGGUCACACCGUACGACUUCUAUCCACCACCACCAGCCCCAGUACCGCUCACAGAACCAGUACUUACCGGCGAACCUGUCAUUCCAUAUGGAUGGCGUCCAGAUUGGUCCCGUCCUACCGAAUGGAUACCACCGCCACAAAUCCUGCACACGCUACCACCAGAGCAUCGAACCUAUGGGUAUAUGGACAUGGCGAGCCAUAUAGAAAUGAAGCCGUCAAUAUUGAAACCGAUAGCACGAGAAAUCCCAGCAAACAAGCCGUUCAGAUGUCAGCUAUGUGGCAAAUCGUUCUCCCAAGCAGCUAAUCUGACUGCACACAAACGAGUUCAUACUGGUGAGUUACUUUUUGUUCAUGAACCCUUUGCAAACGAACUCCAAACAGGCUCAACCCUCACCUUUUUACCCUGUAGACCAACACAUAAUUUUCGCACUACCUCAUUGCACGGACAAUAG